AUGGAAGACAAAGACACAAUGGACAAUAAAUCAGUUUCGUCUCAAUUGGACUAUUCAUGCAACCACUCAUCCAAUCCGGAUAACACCAACUGCACAUCUCCACCGUGGAUGCUCUACCCUGACUUCUACAUUUGGCUACCGCUUGUUUAUUCGAUCGUCUGCGCCGUGGGGCUCACGGGCAACACGGCUGUCAUUUACGUGAUCCUAAAAGCCCCUAAAAUGAAAACUGUCACCAAUUUAUUUAUUUUGAAUUUAGCUAUCGCCGACGACCUUUUCACGUUAGUUUUGCCCAUUAAUAUUGCCGAACAUCUGUUAAACUACUGGCCAUUUGGUGACAUUAUGUGCAAAGUGAUCCUCUCCAUAGAUCACUACAACAUCUUCUCCAGCAUCUUCUUCCUGACUGUCAUGAGCGCGGACCGCUAUCUGGUGGUGGUUUCCACGUUGCGCUCCAAACGGAUGCCCCACAGGACCUACAGGUUAGCCAAGACGGUCAGCAUCUGCGUUUGGACUCUGGUCAUUCUCAUCGUGAUGCCCUUCACUGUUUUCGCCGGUGUCUAUGUCAGUCCCGACGACGCGGACGGCAGGACGAGCUGCGUUCUAAGUUUUCCGAGUCCUGAGAGUUUCUGGUUCAAAGCCAGUCGGAUUUACACGCUCGUCCUCGGGUUUGUCAUGCCAGUGUCGACCAUUUGCAUCCUCUAUAGUGCGAUGCUCUACAAACUGCGACGUAUGCGACUGAAUUCAAACGGCAAAGCUCUGGACAAAGCCAAGAAAAGAGUCACGGUGAUGGUGUUCAUCGUACUCGCGGUGUGCUUGUUCUGUUGGACGCCGUUUCACCUGAGUACUGUGAUCGCCCUCACCUCAGAUUUACCCACCACUCCGCUGGUCAUAGGUCUCUCGUAUUUUAUCACGGGUCUGAGUUAUGCUAACUCGUGUCUCAAUCCGUUCCUUUACGCUUUCUUCGACGAUAGUUUCAGGAAGGCUUUUAAGAAAAUUCUGGAGUGCUGA